GCUUGCGCGUCGCCACUCCCUAGUCCCACUCCCAAGUCCCAACCCCAACGCACCGCCAUUUCCAUUGCCACAAAUGCUCGCGUGAUUAACCGCACCCGCCUCCAGCUAGCGAAGCAGCGGCGAGCGGCGGGGGGCUAGGGUUUUUGGUCCCGGCGACGCCGGCAUGGGCUACCACCACCUGCUCCUCCUCUCGCCGCCGGCGGCGCAGCCGCCGCGCCCCUCUCUCCUCCCUGCACCCCGCGGCCGCCGCGCGGGCCGGGCGCCCAGCGCCGUCCUCGCCUCGGCGUCCAACGCCGCCCGCUCCCCGUCGCUGGCGGCAGUGGCGGCGGAUGACGCCACGCGGAGGAGGGCCGUGCUCCUGGUCGGCGUCUCAGUGCUCCCGCUCCUCCGCCUCCGCGACGCCGCGGCGGCGGUCAGGGCGCAGCGCUCCACGGUUGAUCUCGUCACUGAUAGAACAAAUAUUCAAAAGGGUGAUGGAUCUCAGCAUGUGGAGCCUCAGGAAGAAGUAUCUCAGUCUGAUGUGAAAGUACCGCAUGCAAGAAAUCCACUUGCAGGUCUCCUGAAUGCAAUUGCGGUUAUUGCUUCGGGUGUUUUCGCUGGACUUCUUGGUACUUCUCAACAGGAAAAGAACACUUUGCAGUCAACCAUUUCAUCUAUGGAGGCCAAAUUGGUUGAAAAUGAGGCAACAAUGUCUAUGCUUAGGGAAAACUAUGAGAAAAGAAUAUUGGAUGAACAAGCAGAACUGAAGAAACAAGCUAGGAAGUUCCAGGAGGAGGAAGCCUUGCUCCAAGAUCAGUUGGUUUCAUCUAGAAGAACCGUAACAUCUUUAACCGAUGAAGUUCAAAAGGAGAAGGAGCUAGUAGAGCAGCUUAACCUUGAGAUAGAUCGACUUAAGAGAAGUAUUGCAGAAGCAGAGGAAGAUAAACAUGUGUCUGAAGGCAAGUUGAAUGAAAAGAUGGAAAUGCUUGAUAUUUUGCAUGACAAAGUAAAUCUGCUUAGCCAAGAGGUAAAUGGCAAGGAUGAACACAUCAGGGAGCUCAGCUCAUCACUUUCUGCCAAGGAAAAGAACUACCAGAACCUGAAUGCGAUCUACAAUCAAGCCAAAGAGAACCUAGAACAGGCAAAUUCUCAAAUAAAGCAACUAGAGAAAGAUGUUCUUGCAGAUAAAGAUGAUCUUAAAUUAAAGGCAUCAUUGAUUGACUCAUUGAAUGAGAAAGUUCAAACAUUAUGCGCUGAAAAGGGUGAAGUGGAAGAAAAAAUAAGUGCACUAACGAGUCAGUAUAUGGACCUGCAAACUGCUUCUGAAGAGAGGGCAUCUCGCGAUUCUCAACUAUUAUCUGAGAAAGACGAUAAGGUCAAUCAGCUUGAAGAAAAACUUUCUGCUGCAUUGAGUGACUCUAGUAAAGACAGAACUAGAAUAGCCGAGUUGAACAAUGAAUUGGACACCACCAGAACAAUGCUAGAUAAUGAAGUUGUUGCCAGGAAAAGUUUGUCAGACCUCGUUCAUUCCACUGAAGAGGCACUAAAAGAUUCCAGAAAUGAAGUGUUUAAACUCUCUGAAGAUCUUGAUGAAGUAAAGAGAUCAAAUCAGGACUUGAUGGCCCAGAUUUCAAAAUUAACAGAUGAGGCCAUUGAAGUGAGACAGGCUCUGGCUAAAAAGGUAGAAGAGGCAGAGUCAGUUUCUACAACUCUCUCAGAUGAACUGGCAUCAGUGAGGGAGGUACUUAGAAGGUCACAGGAAGAACUUGAAGUCAUCUCUAACCAAUUAGUUUCUGUUUCAGAAGCACAUAGUGACCUUAACAAAGAACUGCUGGAUGCAUAUAAGAAGCUAGAGUUCACGACGAAUGAGCUAGUUAAAGAACGUAAAAUCAAUGCUACUCUAAACAGGGAGCUUGAGGCUUUGGUGAAACAAUCAGCGAUAGAGUCUGAAGCAAGAAAAGCUCUUCAAGUUGACUUGGAUGAAGCCACUAGAUCACUGAAUGAGGUGAAUCAGAGUACACUGUCUCUUUCUAAGCAGCUGGAAACAACCAAUUCUAAGAUUUCCACUAUUAAAGAAGAGAAAGAGAUGCUAUCGAAGGCUCUUGAGGAACAAAAGAAGAGUACAGUUGAAGCUCAGGGGAACAUGGAAGAUGCUCAGAAUACAAUCCAAAGGCUUGGGACCGAGAGGGAGAGUUUUGAAACGAGGUCUAAGCAGCUUGAAGAUGAAUUGGCCACGGCAAAAGGUGAGAUAUUGCGUUUGAGGAGGCAGAUUAGUACAAGUGGGUCUGAGAAUACCGAAGUUGUUCUAGAAACAGGUGCAACACCGAACACCAGUCAAUCUCUGAAAGAACAACCUGUGAACGAUCGUGUUCAAAAUACUAACAGUGCUGGUGCUGUAGCUCGUUCCCGUAAACGGGUUUAUAGGAGGAGAAAAGGCAGACCAGCGGCCUGAGCAGUGAACACUAUCUGAAUGCCAAAAGCAAGAAUUACCAUUCUUUCGUUUCCUCUAUUUAGUCACGUUUUUAGAACAAAUAUUGAACUUUCGUCUUUCAAAGAGUAGCGUCAGGCCUCUUCUACAGUAUUACCUUAGGUGAUACCGGCUCUUUUGUUGUAACCCUACUGAAAGAGAGAAUAUUGCCGUACUUACAUAUGUUGAGCUUGCAACUGAGAAUGUAUGUUAGUCUGUACAGAUCUGUUGUUGAUCUCUCAUGAUACCAAAUUUGCGGUUUUGUUCCUA